AUGGAGGAAGCUCUAAAUCUUCAUAACUCAGAUCACCCAAACCUUUCAUUGGUAAGUGUCCAGUUAACUGGCUUAGAUUAUAUGUCAUGGAAAAGGUCGAUGAUUAUAGCUCUUAGGGCUAAAGAUAAGCUAAGAUUCAUAAAUGGAACUUGUGCUAGACCUACAUUUGGAUCUCCCCUGUAUGACAAAUGGAUGAAAGCAGAUAGCAUGGUAAUUUCUUGGAUUUUAAAUUCUAUUGCCAAAAAUGUUGUGGAAACCUUCCUAUAUUCUGAUUCAGCUAAGGAUUUAUGGGAUCAAAUAAAUCAUAGGUUUGGUGAAAGUAAUGGACCAUUACUUUACCAAGUCCAGAAGGCCAUUUGCAAUUUGUCUCAAGGAAAUCUAUCAGUUGUAGACUAUUAUACUAAAAUGAAGAAGUUGUGGGAUGAACUUAACUGUCUUAAACAAUUGCCAGUUUGCACUUGUGGGGCAUCAUCAGCCAUGUCUAAUAUGGAAAGCAAUGAUAGAUUGAUUCAGUUUUUAAUGGGUUUAAAUGAUACAUAUGAAACCACCAGAAACCAAGUUCUGAUGAUGGAGCCUCCGCCAUCAAUCAGUAAAGCAUAUUCCAUGAUAUUCAAUGUUGCCAAACAGAAAAAGAUUCAGCUAUCUACCAAUGAAAUUACAGAGAUACCAGCUGCAAUGGCAGUACAAACACAAAGGAGGACAAAUAUUUAUGAAAGUUCAAGGAGGAAUUCUGGACAGAAAGAAGAUCAAUACUGUACAAACUGCAAAACUUCAGGUCACACUAGGGCAAGCUGCUUCAAAAUUAUAGGAUAUCCAGAUUGGUGGGAAGACUUAAGGCAGAAAAGAAAGGCUGCAAAUGCAAAGGCAAAUGCUGUGACUAGAGAUUUGGACAGUCCACUUGAAAUGAAUCAUAAAGGAGGAGCACCUUCAAACGAAGAUCAUUGGGAUAUGAAUUUGAAUAAGAAUCCACAACAACAGAGUGCAGCAGCUAACACUGUCUCAUUUGCGGGUACAACUUCUACUUUUGAAACGAAGAUCAUUGGGAUAUGA